CGCCCGCCUGACGCCUCCCCCGGCCGGGCGGCCAUGGCGGCUCCGCGGCGCGGGCCCGGUGCGAUGGCGGGGCCGGGGCCCGGGCCGGCCCCUCCGCGCCUGGCGCUGGCCCUGGCCCUGCUGGCCGCGCUGGUGGCCGUCAAAUAUUACCGGGAUGCGGAGGUGGCACGGCAGCAGGAGCUGGCUCUGAAGUCCUUGGGGAAUGAGGGCUUGUUCCUCUUCUCCUCCCUGGACACAAACAAGGACAUGUACCUGAGCCCAGAGGAGUUCAAGCCCAUUGCUGAGAAGCUCACAGGAGUUUCUCCAGUCUCAGAGUCUGAAGAGGAGGAGACACCAGAUCCUGAUGGGGAGACUUUGUCCAUUGUGGCCAAAUUCCAGCCCUUGGUCAUGGAAACAAUGACGAAGAGCAAGGAUGGUUUCUUGGGAAUUUCUCACGUGGCUCUGUCUGGGCUGAGGAACUGGACAGCCCCAGCAGCCCCUAUGAGUGUCCUGCUUGCCAGGCAGUUUAAAGCCUUUCUCCCUCCAAAGAAUAAUCUGGAUCUUGGGGAUCCGUGGUGGAUAAUUCCCAGUGAGCUCAACAUCUUCACUGGGUAUCUCUCCAACAACAGGUUUUACCCUCCACCUCCCAAGGGCAAAGAGGUGAUAAUCCACAAGCUGCUGAGCAUGUUCCACCCGCGGCCCUUCGUGAGGACGCGCUUUGCCCCGCAGGGAGCCGUGGCCUGCAUCCAGGCCAGCAGCAGCUUCUACUACAGCAUAGCAUUCCGGAUCCACGCUGAAUUCCAGCUGAACGAGCCACCAAACUUCCCCUUCUGGUUUUCCCCGGGGCAGUUCACAGGUUACAUUGUCCUGUCCAAGGACUCUUCCCACGUCAGGGACUUCAGGCUCUUUGUUCCUAACAACAGGUCCCUGAACGUGGACAUGGAGUGGCUGUAUGGGGCAAGCGAGAGCAGCAACAUGGAAGUGGACAUUGGAUACCUGCCUCAGAUGGAGCUGGAAUCCACAGGACCCUCGGUCCCCACCGUGAUCCACGAUGAGAACGGGAACGUCCUGGACAGCAGGGACCCCUCGGGGGAGCCCAUCCAGUUUGUGUUUGAGGAGAUCACCUGGCAGCAGCAGAUCACCUGGCAGGAGGCAGCCCACAGGCUGGAAGUGGCCAUGUACCCAUUUAAGAAAAUCUCCUACCUGCCCUUCACAGAAGCCUUUGAGAGAGCACAAGCAGAGAAGAAGCUGGUGCACUCCAUCCUGCUCUGGGGUGCCCUGGAUGACCAGUCCUGCUGAGGUUCGGGGCGAACUCUCCGGGAAACCGUCCUGGAAAGUUCGCCCAUCCUCGCCCUGCUGAACGAGAGCUUCAUCAGCAGCUGGUCCCUGGUGAAGGAGCUGGAGGAGCUGCAGAGCAACAGAGAGAAUGAGUUCUACAGCAAGCUGGCCAAGCUGCACCUGGAGAAAUACAACUUCCCUGUGGAGAUGAUCAUCUGUCUCCCCAACGGCACGGUGAUUCACCACAUCAAUGCCAACUAUUUUCUGGACAUCACUUCUAUGAAGCCUGAAGAUGUUGAAAGCAGCAUCUUUAGUUUCUCAUCCAAUUUUGAAGACCCUUCAACAGCAACUUACCUCCAGUUCCUGAAGGAAGGGCUGCAGAGAGCCAAACCAUACCUGCAGCCCUAAAAACAGGCACCUGAAUGUCCCACUGAGGUGGCCAAAGACUUCAGAGAUCUAUUUUGGUUACAGCAAACCCUCCUCAUCUCCCUGCCAGACGUUGGUGUUGAACUACAGGCAGUCCCAGGCUGGGGCUGUGCUCUGGAUCUUGGUUUGGGGCUGAGCUCCAGCUGGCACCAGUUUACACAGCCUGUCCUUUUUGGGUUCAGGCACAUUGUCACAGGAGUGAAAAUACUUGAAUCCAUUCCCAGUGCACGUGCCUGGGCGUGCCAC